AUAAAAAUGACAAUGAAUGCACCUCGUGCAAGUUAUUCUUUUCAGAAAGGUUUCAGCUUGAUGACAAAAUAGUGAACAAAUAGCACGAGAAUAAUACUUAAACAGUUCAAGCUUAUGAAACUGAUGAAUAAUUAUAAAACGUUAAGGGAUGCAGCCACUUUUCCUUAAUUGAUCAUGUCAUACGGUCUCAAAUCACCAUUUCCCUUCAAAACACGACGGAUUCCACGCGUUUGCCUGUUUAGUCAGAUCAAUUCUCUAUCAGUAUGGCCUGCAGUCGACAAGACUCUUUCUCAGGAAGUUUUGGUUGAUGAAACUGGUAGAUAUAUAGGAUGCAUAUGGUCUAAUUAACUAAUAUCCCUACAGAUAUUCAAGGCGAAGCUGUUACAAAUUAGGAUAGCGCAUAUUGAUAUCACGUCACCAUGUGAGUGGAUCAAUGUUAGUAGCAUAGAAUCACAGUCCAAAGCACUGUUUAUUACAGAGUUAUCGUAAACAUAUUCAACGUUGAUAAAAUGGAAUUAGGUGUAGUUGAUUUUUGCAAGUGUAAUAUAAAUUGCUCUCAGCCUAUACCUGGAGAUUUGAAGAACGUCGGCGACGAAAUUUAUGAAGCAUUUACAUCGAUUGGAUUUGUGUAUUUGAAGAAUACUGGGAUAUCAGAUGAUGAAGCGGCGAAAGUACAGAAAAUAUCGAAGGAUUUUUUUGAUCUUGAUGAUAAUAUAAAACUUAAAUACGCAAUCAACGAAAAUUUAUUUGGAUAUGUUGCACCAGGAGUAGAGAACAAUGAUCCAACCAAGCCCGGCGAAUACAAAGAAUCAUUCGAUGUUUCCAGCCAAGGUCUUGUUUCACCGAAUUCAAGAUGGCCAGACGGAGAGCUCCCUGGAUUUUCUGACACUGUUAAAAACUUUACAGCAAACCUUAGAAAAUUGGCAUUUAGAAUUAUACAGGCGCUAUCGAUCGGUAUGAAAGUGAAGGAUGCGACGUAUCUUCAGAGAUGUCAUUCCAGACUCAAUGAUACUAAAAAUAUAACGACAUUAAGAUCUUUGUACUACCCUAAGAUACCACACAACUAUGUGGUGAAAGAAGGGGAAAUGAGAUUGGGGGAACACACGGAUUUUGGAUCUUUCACAAUAUUAUUUCAAGAUUUUAUCGGCGGUCUACAGGUUAGACGACAAGAUGGAACAUUUACUGAAGCUAGACCUAUCCCAGGUACUGCCCUGGUAAAUAUUGGAGAUUGUUUACAAUUUUGGACAAGAGGAAGACUGAAGUCUACGAUUCACAGAAUUCCGAUGCCAGAUAUUGGAGGACCGAUGAACCAGAAGAGAAGCUCAUUGGUCUACUUUGUCGUACCUGAUAAUGAAACGGAUUUGUCAGAAAUCGACUGCGAAGGCAUCGACGCAUUGCCGCAGGAAAAUACUGAAAAACCGAUUACGGCACUUGAACAUUUGCGAAAAAAAUAUGAGGAAGUUAAUCUACCUAUUCCAAAUUAAGACAAACCCAAAUUUAUUUACUUACCCGAAUCGUUUAUAGCCUAUUAACCCCUGUUAAUGUUAACCCCUGUUAUAUUAACCCCUGUCCACCUCGAUCGUUAAAUAUUACAAUAUACGAACGUUUGGCAUUACAAUAUAUUAUUUGAUUAUUGACCUCAAGAGGAGUUCAGAUUGGGGUUCACUCUGCUAACGUGUGUAUAAUAGAACGCGAGUAAGGACGCGCAGAUAAAGACACAGAUUCAACUCUCAGAUGUCGGCCUUACGAAAUUUAAAAACUAUUUUUUUUAUUGUCAGGGGAGAAAUAUGCAGCAAAUGUGGAAUGUAACUAUGGAUUUUAAAGUUAUUUAACUUCUUUGUAUUGAUAGUAUGGGAAUUAAAUAAAUAGUUUAGUAACCUAUUUUCGUGACUUGGGCCUCAAUUAGUAAUGUAUACUAAUUACCACAAAAAGAAGUGGAACACUAUUAUGUGCUCGUUUUUGUAAAAAAUGCAAUUGUCUUUGUGCUAUUGUGUUUAUAUAAAUGUGUUAUAAGAUAUUGUGUCUAUAUAAUGUGAAGUUUUUAUUAAUGAAAACAAAAAUGUGCCC